CUUGUUACAUUCUCCAAGCACCUCUCUCUUUUUCACUCUCCCCAAGGAUCUGGAGCCAAACCCAACUUGGAAGAGUCUUCAAUCUGUUCUGCUCCAAACACAAUAUGAAGAACUUGGGAUUUUGUUUAUCUUCUAAAUCUCUUCUUAUUUUUCUUUAUCUAUAUGUAUUUCUCUCCUCAAAAAUUGAAGGAUUUGAGACUCUGCUACAACUCCCACGUUCUGGGUCCUCCGAAAUCCGACCCAGAUCCUCACGGGUCAUCACCAUUGCUGAUUUUGGUGCCAAAGGAGAUGGUCUUACUGAUGAUACUCAGGCUUUUGAAAAUGCUUGGAAGAUGGCUUGUUCUUGCCCUGCUCGGUCAAUUCUCCUAGUACCAGCUGGAUUUACUUCGCUAGUCCAUCCUAUUGAUUUUGCUGGACCAUGUAGGUCAAAAGUGACUCUGCAGAUAUCUGGUGCUAUUGUUUCUCCGAAAAAUCCUGAAUCCUGGACUGGCUUAAACCCUCGGAAGUGGCUCUACUUCCAUGGGGUGAACCAUCUUCAAGUGGAAGGGGGAGGGACUAUCAACGGAAGGGGACAAAAAUGGUGGGACUGCAAAGUCAAUAAAACAAGUCCUUAUCAUCGUGCCCCAACAGUAAGAGCCUCAUUUUGUUGUUCCAUUUGUCUUUUUCAAUAUUGGAUUCUUCUUUCCCUUUCUAAUGGUAUUGCCAUGGGCUUCAUAUUGUUAACAAUUAUACUGCAGGCCAUGACAUUCCACAGGUGCAAGAAUUUGAAAGUGCAUAACCUUAAAUUGAUAAAUAGUCAGCAAAUGCACAUAGCAUUCACUACCUGCAAUCAGGUUAAGGCAUCCCAUCUUGAAGUUAUAGCACCUGCUUCCAGCCCCAAUACGGAUGGAAUCCACAUUAGUAAUUCUCAUAAUGUUAAGAUCAAAAAUAGCAUCGUCAGAACAGGAGACGACUGCAUCUCAAUAGUCAGCAAUUCCUCAAAGAUCCAAAUCAGAAACAUUUUCUGUGGGCCAGGCCACGGCAUAAGCAUUGGGAGCCUAGGGGAAUCGGGCUCAUGGGUACAGGUGCAUGAUGUAAAGGUUGAUGGAGCAUUCCUGUUCAACACUGAUAAUGGAUUGCGGAUUAAAACAUGGCAGGGAGGUAAUGGUUUUGCUUCUGAUAUCAAAUUCCAGAAUAUUUUGAUGGAGAAUGUAUUAAACCCAAUUAUAUAGAUCAAUAUUACUGUGAUUCGGAGCUGCCUUGUACAAACAGGU